AUCCCGGCGCCGGGGUGUAUACACAGCUUCGCGUCGCGCGAGGCACCUGCAGGGUAUGACGGAAGUGUGUUACUAGGCCGAGUGGCACGUGAUACAUUUCUUCGCGCGCGGCGCUCUUUACUUCUCGGUGAUCUUCGACAUGCCCGGCGUCGGUGUCUUCCGGCGGCUGCGUCCGACACGCGAGUGCACCUAAAGCGGACCGGAUAAUAAUCACGCGCGAUGACUCGCCCCGCCGCGGCGAGGAAUACGCUUCGCUCGUAACACUCGGUUCAAAGUGUGUGAAUCUCGCGUGCGGGCAGACGCGAGGUCUUUCCAUUCCGGAGUUACUCGCGAGCGUACGCCUUCGAUGUUUCCCGAUCGGGAAUUGAUCCACUGGCUGGUGGAGUGCUGCUGGCUCCGCCGAGGGUGUGUGCACGACGUAAACGUAUAGUACUUAAAGACGGAAGGAUCUGUUUUGCGAGUGUUGUCUGGAGCAGUCAUGGAUAAACGACGGUCCUUGGAUGGUGGCUUGCAGGAGUAUCCUUUGCCUAUCCCGGUUCAGAUGUUCCUUUGGCGGCAUAUAAGGCCAUUUAUUCGAGCUAAGCUAGGAAAACUCCACGAGGCAUCUUGCACGUUCUGUCAACACGCGCCAGGCCAUCAUGAAAUGAAGGAAGCAUGCUCGUGCCUUGAGAGGGUUUUGGUGCAGAAUCUUCACAAUGAUCUGACACCCUCGUUGAGCGAGAUAUUGAGCAGUGUGCCACGCUGGCGUUUAAUCCAAGCCGCUCUUCCUUACGUUCUCCAUGCUGCGUCCAGUCUCUUGCACAAUAGGAAGGAUUUUCAGAGUCUCGGAUCGAUGGAAACAACGCUUCUUUACAUUCUUCACUGGAUACUCUUGGAUUCGGCCGAAGAAUGCGCCGAGAACGAAGCCGACCCUCCAAAUCCUUUUUUCUAUUUAUUUCCAAUACCAACUAUGACCCUCUUCGUUUACUUGUUCGCGCCCCUAUGCAAUCAUUUAAAGGACAUCGACUUCAAAACGAAUUUACGGUUAGAGAACGGCCUAAAAAUAUGGUCCGCUAUGUACGAAUGUCGGCAUCCGGAUGCAUCUUGCUUCACGGCGCAUUGUCGUGCCAAGCCACGUCUUUUUUGGAGCAGCCAAUCCUUCAAAUCAACCGCCAAGCAUCACAUGUUGUCAGAUGACGUUUUCGUUGGAGGAAAUAUCGAAAGUCCACCUAGCCAAUCGUUUUCGGAUCAGGGCGCCCCACCAUCUUCCAAAGUAAUUGACGAUGAUCAACAGAGUACGUGGAUAUCGUCGCCGAAGGACAAAAUUUUCCCGGAAACCAUUCCCGAAGAAAGUUCAGGCGCCGAGGAUGAACAUGUGGUAAUAUUCAGAUUACCAUCUUUGAGCGACUCGGAGAGGAUGCUUGAUGGGGUAAAAGAAGUUUCUACCAUAUUCGCAGGUGAGGCCAGCAUCUUUCACGUCGCGAUGGGCAGGACGAGCAGCUCGUCGAGGUCUACGCUGACGAUAGAGCAGGUCACGGCGAUUUCUGGACUGGACACGUGCAAGCAGUAUAAUGGAAAAAGCACUACGAAAAGCGGAGGUACGGACAAAGAGAAGAAGGAGAAAGCUUCCAAGACGGAGAAGGAAGUGCAGGAAACCUCGAAAUCGCGUGGCAGCUUCUCAGUUCAACGUCAAUCUGGUGAUGCAACAGCGACGGAGCACACUACCGGUUCUAUAGCCAUCGAUCCGGACAUUCGUGCGGCAACAUUUCUGGAUGUAGCUACAUUGAGAUGUCUAUUUGUGACUCAAUGGCAGGAAGAAGGUGUAUUUUGGGCUCUUCAAUUCUUGUAUCACCGACUGCGAAGAAUUAACGAGGAAAGUUCGGUGCAACAAAUGCCGCGUCGUCGUAGCAACUCUCUGCCCAUACCGAAAAUUGAGAUCUCGAUUUAUCAAAGUCCCGAGAGCAAGAAGAAGGAUGUAUUGAAGGACUUUAUAGAGGUGCCCGACACGCGCGAUGUUUCUCUGCUGACCGAAACAUCUACAGGCCACGAAGGCGAUUCAAGCCAUACGAGACGCGCCAGCGAGAAGUCGAAAAAGCGUAUGAAGAUGGCUGAUCUUAAGGCUUUCGUGGAGACAAAACUGCUUUCGAAGUCGGAGAAGGCGCUUGAGAAAAUUGGGCAGGAUGAACCUAAGAUGUUAUUUGAGCAGGAAUGUCACAGAAGUCUCGAUACCGGAGACGAUCAUCUGACCAACGUCACGAGACCAACGUCUACUAGUUCAAAGAUUUUUGAAGCGAAGGACGUUGAUCACAUAAAGCAUCCUACGAACCUGAUCAAAGGGAAGAGUAUGCCAAGUUUAAGCUGCUUGAUUAACGAGCUGACCGCGGGAGGGUACAUGGGCGACACUCGCAUCGAGAGAAAGCAGAGCCGAUUUUAUAGCCAAUCUUACACCGCACCAAAUCCUAUCAUCACCGUCACGGAACAUACACCAACUCCAUCACCCGAUUAUAUGAAGCGGCAGGGAUCCAUCGACAGUCAGCUAGAUGCCAUUAGUGUCCAAGGCGGCGGACGUUUGUGUUCUGAGAGGAAACCCAGUCUUACGAGGUCACAAACGGAUUCUAACAUUACUUAUAUGAGUGAUGAGGUGCCGGAAGCUCCGGGCUCCGCAUGUUACAUCACUAAAGAAGGCGAUGUUGAUCUUCAAGUAGUUUUAAGGGCAAUACACUCCGUUGUUUUGCGAGAUAACACCUCUUGCACACCACGAGUCUGCGAGAUUAUUUUGAAUUUACUAGAACUCCUGAUGGACAUGGGAGUGAUGAGGCAUUGUCUUCGGGAAGAAGCCAUCGGCAGUAAUGCAGGAUCUGGUACAGGAAUCGACAAUAAAUCGGAAACCGGAAAGAAGCAGGAUUCGCCGACAGGAAUAAAUCAGCAAGAACGCAGGCACGAUUCGAACGGAAAGGGCAAACCGACCGCGCACAAUCUCAUUAUGAAUUGCGUAAUUAGAGUAUUGAAGCAUCUAGGUUGUCCGCACGGUUGCGUGGACGGGGUGCGCGGGCCGCAGGCCGACAUUUGUCGCUCACAGGCUCAGACCAUCCUGACGAAACUGCAUCGCGCGAGCUCUCGUCAGUUCUCGCGAUUUUUUAAAACGAUGAUGCGAGAUCAGCCUCUGCUAGAAAUCUUGGACUUUUUUCACGCGUACGUUGGAUUCUGCGUCGAUCCAAGUUCAUUAUUAUCGCCGCUUAAUCAGAAACGAAUAUCGAGCAAGUCACCCGACGCAACGACCGCGAGUGCAUACGCGACGAAUUUCGGCGCCUGUACUUCGGGCACGGGCGGCACCAGUGGAAACGUGAGCGGCGUCUCGGCGGCAUACAACACCGGCGGUUACGGGUCGCGCGGGAUCGAGGGGCAGAUUAUGGGUUGUGUUUUCAAGGUCUUGGUCACGCGUCUCGCCGGUUGCAUGAAGCAGCUGAAGGCGCAGGAGAACAUCGGCCUCUACUGCGACGUGCGGCAGUUGAUGACGUACGUCAAGGAGGCGCACGGUGGCAUUUUCCGACGCGUCACCCUCAGCGGCAUCCUGGACUCCGCGGAUCGGCCGAAUAAACGGUGUAACAGCAACGUGCAGACGACACGUGUAAUAAGACAUAUUCUUCAAUCGGAUUUCGAGGAACACGCGGAUAUCGGCGGAGACACGUGUUACAUCGACGACCGGGGUACGCGGAAGUUCCUUUUCAAAAAGCGGAGCACAUCGUCCACCUGUCCUGCGGGAUCGAAUUUGCAGAGUCUUCUCGAAACGGAGUUAAGCGAGGAGAACACAAAAACUAGUCAAAGCCCGUUAGGUAAUCUGCGCAAGAAGCAUCACGUGCUGACGCCCAGGCAGAGCGAGCGCAAUUUAGGUAUCGGUGAGUCUUCUCUGGGAUCGGGAAAGAUCGGGAUGCGGAAGUCGACUCGGUUUCAGAUCGGCGGGAUCGUUAAUUGGUUCCGGAAGGAUUACAGCCGAACCGAUUCUACCGAUAGCCAUGAAAGUAGCGAGUCACCCACAGACGGCAGCUUUGUUAGACAACCCAGCUGUCAUUAUCUUCAUCGCAGCGCGUCGCGAUCACGCGGAGUUGGCAUAACACUGCAGAAAGCGAAGCGCCGGAUGGAGGAUCAGUUGAAUAAAAUCGGCUUUGGAAAGAGCAAAAAGAAAGAAAGCAUGGAGGAGACGCCUGGAAGUUAUUUCAGUCGGAGGAAUUCACUGGAGCUCGGAGAGACUUGCAGGGAAUCUGAAUUUGUCGUAUUGAAGGAAAGGAGAUUGGUGCCCCGCACUGCGGUGUUGGAUGGGAUGUUACGAUUUUCUUUCCUCUUAGAGACAUGUCAACCAGGCUCCGUUCCCGAUCCUCAUCUAAUGGCAUCUCUCUUGGACCUUCCGUACGCGCCAAUAGUAUCUCGCGCUUGCCUGAUACUGGAAUGCGCGAAUUUGGUGCACCAAUGCAAUAAAGGCCACUGGCCCACGUGGAUGAAGCACAACUUUCCCAUGUUUCGACCGUCUGUGCCUAUAAAUAAUCGAAAUGCCUCCACCGCGCUUAGGCGCGUUCAUAUACUACAACGUACCGCGGGAAAGUUGUUUUAUCAAUGGGCAGAGGCUAUAGGAGCGCGCUUGGAAGAGUUCUUAGCUGAGGAUAAGCAAAAUAUGGAGCAGAUCAACAGCACAAUGUCCGACGAGAGCAAACAGAGAGAUUUAGUUUUAGAAGACGAAGAGGAAGAUUUUCUCGAUGACGCUAGCAUAAAUAGUUACGGAUCUCAGUGUCCCUUUGCGUUGCGUCUCGUCGCUUGCAUUUUACUGCUGGAGGUGACAGCGUUUCUGCGAGAGACUUAUCAAACUUUGCCGAAGUCGAGUAAAUUGUUAACAAAGGAACGUCCUCCUCCUUGGGAAAGAAUGUACAGUCGAGAGGCAAACCGACGGUGGAGUGUAGCUUUGUCGUCGAUGGGCCAUUCACAAGCAUCCGCGCAAAGUCUUCAAUCUAUAACCGGUGAUCGCGAAGUUGUCGCGGAGCGUAAAAUCAGUUUUGUUCUCUACGAACCUGAUAACGAAUCCGAGGGAAGCAGCAAAUCGACGGUCACGAUCCAAGGAGAAGAGCAGAACGUCGAAAAGGAAAAGGCGAAGAGGGUACCGGCGCCACCAGGUAGACCAUUCCUCCUUCGUCGCAGCACCGCAGCACCUACAACUGGCUCGUUUAAAAAGAGAAGCCUUAAACUUCGUCGCAACACUAAAGAGGGCAAAGACACAGAGUGCGAAGCAUUUACUGUAAAACGCACAGACUCGAUUCAAUCCAAGAGGAAAGUGAGCUCGCUUUCUGACAGAAGCGACACAUCGGAGCCCGGUGUUUGCGGCGAGGUAAGCGGCGAGGAGUCGCCAGGUAUUCUCAGCGACGAUCAGCCGCCGGAGAGUCCGAGCGACAGCAACGAAAAUGACGAGACCAACAAGAAUUUUCCGUGGAUGAAAGUGUUGGUGCAUUUCGCCAACUCUUUCAACUUCUAUUGUUCCCACCGAAAUUUCUGCCAUCCCUUUUGUCAUCGACGACAGAUGCGCGCUAGCAGCAGACUGAUAAAGUCUGUGAGAAAGAUCUACGGCGAGGAAUUUGGCUCUCUAAACAGCUCGGGUUUACUGGACAUCGACACGGACAAAAAGGAUGACAGCAAAAAGGAUAAACGUAGCCGCAAAGUGUCCGACCAAACUAGCACAAUAGAGAAAAAUCAGGACGGUUCUCAAUCUGGAAGAUUAACUCAAAGAGAUUCCUCGAAAGAUCUCGCAGAACAAGAUUCCGAAAGAGGCUCGAAGAAAAUCACAGUGAAGCACGGUGCUGACGCUGACGAGACCAAAGAAACACCAGCAAUUCUGAAAUACAUUAAAACUCAAGUGAAGGACGCUUUUCAUGCGCCUCUGGCCACUUUAAUCAAAGGCGCAGUUAUCAUGCCCGAAGAUUUGUUCGUGGAAGUGUUACCUGUCGCGUGGGAGCUUUUGUUGGAGUCCAACCAGGAAGUCGCUGCGUCCGCUGCGGCGCUUUUCAUAAUAUCAGCCGUGAAAGCGCCAAAUCAGGCCAGCGAUUUGAUGCACAAGGGUCUUCAGCACAGUAACACCACUGUGCGGAUUAAUGCCAUUUUGCGAUUUCAAAUCCUGUGGAAAUUGCGAUACCAAGUGUGGCCGCGGAUGGAAGAAGCGGCUCAUCUCACGUUCAAAGUGCCUCCGCCGGGAAUAGAAUUUACUCUACCGUCACCAAAGAUCGGAAUAGAGUCUUUGCCAGUGGUGGAUCCGCCUUGGAUGCCCCAGGUCAAGACCAAGGUGGAGGAGGUCACUAUCAAUCAAGAACACCAUAGAUCUUUGGUGACCGCGACAAAGACGCGAAAGAAGCAGCAAACGGAAUUGAUCAAGAAAGCCCUUCAGGCGCAAGAUGAUAAGAAGCGAGAGGAAAGAGAAAACUUUUUGAUUACAACGAUACCGAUCACCGUCCAGGCUGCUUAUGAGCCUAGCCCAGCCGGAGAUGAUCAUGAUGAAGGUAAUGUGGCAGAUGAGGAUGCAGGUGACACAAUCCCGAGGAAUAUGUCACAUCACGGUCAGUCAGCUCUCUCGUUGUUUCCUUCGUCAUUAUGUUCAGCGAUCAUUCAAAUUAUUAAUCUCCUAGACGAUCCAGCAGUCUCCGACGAUGGAAACGCCGUAUAUGAAGUGGCGUACCAGGUGACUUGGAGUUGCUUGGUGGAAGAUAGCGCUUUGUUUCUGCGUUAUGUGUUGGAACGUCUUACGAGAGAAAAGCAGGAAUUAAUGUUCAGGAUUUUAAGGCACCUUAUCAGAUUUGUGCCUAAAUUACCGCAGCAGGCUGCGUUCGCGCUGUAUAAUUAUAUCAUUGGUUAUGUCAUGUUUUACGUUCGUACUCCGCACGAAGAGGGUCAGAAGCUGAUUGGAACCGCACUGUCUAUUUUGUGGAUGGUGGUGCACAGUGUACACGGCAUUAUGUUUAAAGACCUGAAACAAAUUCUGCGCAAAGAGCAAUGUGAUGCGUCUAUUCUACUCACCGCGAACGUUCCGUCGGCGAAAAAGAUUAUUGUUCACGGCCCGCAGGAUCCGGACGCCGGUGAAAUACCCUCGCAGUUUCCGGUGCAAGAGGACACGCAAUUUUGUCAGAUACUUAGAGAAUCCUUGGAUUUUUUCGGUGUCGAUGAAACGAAACAUCACGAGUACUUUCUCGUAGAUUAUAAGACACAUCAAAUACACAAUCCAUCGUCGUACGUUAGAGAUUACUAUUUCUUUAAGAGAUCUCAAUUCCCACAAAUCGAGCUUGUUCACAUGAAGCCGGAGGAUGCGUUCAAUGCGUUACAGCGGCAGGAAUUGGUGCACAAAUUUGUAGAGAUAGGAAAAGUGCUGUUGACCUGGGCAAUCUUGAAAAAUGUCGAUAUGGUAGUGCAAAGGGUAGUAUUUCUUCAUGAAGAACUUAUGAAGCUACCGUCAUUCCCGCGAAAAGCGCUAGAAGCAGAUUUGGAUUUGUACAAAGGUGGCGAAAUUGGAAGAGAGCUUCUUGGGUUGGAUGUGAUGCACAAAUUUAUGUGGGUCAGAUUAAUCGCGCGUAUGUUUGAAGCCAUGGCCGGUAAUUUUGCGUAUUCCGGCGACAUUCAUCUCUUUCUGAACGUCUUGAAUGGCGCCUUAAUCCUUCACAGCGAGGAUUCCUGUAUUUUGCGCUACGUCGUAGCAACUUAUAUAAACGGAGCGCACAAUUUCAAAAACAUUUUCUCGACAAACGGUUAUCUGUUGAUUAUGCCAACGUUAUUGCAAUUAUAUUCGACACACCAAACAAACAAGCUCGUAACGACUACUGUCGAGUACGCAGUCAAGCAGUUUUAUCUGAUGAAUCGUAAACCCUUUAUUCUUCAGAUGUUCGGUAGCGUGUCGACUAUAUUGGAUACGGAUACAAUAAGCGUUCACGGCGAGGCUCACAAGGUUCCCUCUACGUGCCUGUUCAAUUUGUUACUAAGUUUGGAAACUCCAUCGCCGGAUCCACUGAAUAUAGGGGAGUUAGUGAAGGAAGAGAAACCGUUGAAAGCGAUAGACUUCUGUUAUCACGACGAGGAAGAAAUGGUUAACGUGCUUGAUUGUAUAUCUCUUUGCGUAAUGGUGAUCGCUUACGCGCCUGACUCUAUCAGAGGACAGCAGAUGUUGAUAAUACUGGAAGCAAUACUGCCGUGUUAUGUUCAGCAGAUUCAAUUACCCACAUACAACAAAGGAGAGAAAACAGAGAAGGAGAUAAUAAAUCAAUUGGCCAUUGCUGUAAAGACGUUAGUUAACAAUUCUGAAGCGCUGACAAAAUAUUAUAAUGGCCCACAAAAAUCUAGUCCUGAGCAUAAAGGCUCUAGUCAGAGAAAUUAUGGCAAGGGUCCGUACUCGCCGGGUUUCGAUUUCGAGGACGAGGCGCACACGACGAAAUACAUGGAACACUCGAAGAUGCGGAUUUUUUACGAUCGAGACGAGGAUAGUGAGAGUUUCCAUAAGAACGAAUUUAGAAGGCCGCGCGACACUUUAUUAAACAUGGUUGGAGAUUUCGUGACUCGUUGUUCCGCUCGUUUAAUAGAACUCAACAGAAAGUCUCCGGACGGAAAAAACAUUGAAUUGUUGGAUUCAAAAUGUCAUGUGCGUCUAGCCGAAAUCGCUCACAGUCUUCUGAAAAUUUCGCCGUAUGAUCCGACCACUAUGGCUUGCCGCGGUCUGAGAAGAUAUAUGAACGAUAUCCUCCCAUCGACCGAAUGGGCGGCCGACGACAUGAGACCGGCGUUGACACUUAUUCUCCGAAGAUUAGACAAGACAUUCAGCAAAAUACACAAGAAAGCAUCGAUCAGAAGGAAUACUGAUUGGGCUGCCGCCGGCGAUCUCUUGAAAGGGAUUUACGAGACUCUAUCGAGAUGUCCAUAUAUUGCGCACUUUCAGUAUUUGAAGACAUUGCUGAGCACUUGUCAGGCUUUGAUCGUUGGCGAUACUCCGCCCGAGGACGUAACUUCGGCUUCGGCAGCCGCUUUAAUGAGCAAAAUACCACCACCGCACUUCUGCUCGACAGUGUUACGUCUGAUUGCGUUGCACGUGAUAUCCUUCGGCGAGGGAUACUCUUUGGAGAACGUUCUUGGUGGUCAGAAUAUGUUCGCUACUCAGACUCGCACGGAGAAUACGCUUCUAAAUUUGCUAAUACCAUUGUUUCUGCGCAUUGGAACUGGGAGAAAAGAUGUGUCGAAGUUGAGACACUCGGACAUCAGUUUCGCCCUAACGGCAGUACUAAACACACUUUGGCCGCCGGGAGUUAAAGCGGUACCGAUGACAGUGCAAAAACCACCAACGGAUAUAAGGACCGGUAGUCUAACGUUUGCCGCGAGAGAUCCGAAGACCUUGACGAAAAUAUCGUUAACGUUGUAUCAGGUCGCGUUUCUAGCGCUGAAAAUAAUGACGAUAUGCUUCGAAGCUGAGCUGAAAACGGAAUGGCCGAAAAUUUUACGCACAAUGCGUCUUCUAAACAAGCGCAACGAAGCUUCCAUAUAUCUCUGGAAUUUCAUAGAAUUCGUAGUGACGCACCGCACGGCCUUGUACAUUCAGAUGCUACCGUUUAUCGUUCAUAAAAUCGGGCAGGCGCCGAUAUCCGAGCACGAACGAAACAUGCAUACGAUCAUACGCGAAAAGAUCAGCGGGCGAAGCAUUACCGUGCCGAAAUCUCGAGGCGCGCUGCUGAUGGAUCUCAUUCAUGAGCUGAAGAAUCUGAAGGAGGAGAUCGAAGACCGAAGAUUCGACGAAAUGCAACCGGAACCUAAGAGAAGCGUGGUAGAUAUGCAUCCGAUAUCCGAGAGUCAACCACGCACGCAAAGGCCGUCUUUGCUGAUGGAUCUUCUGACCGGCGAUCUGGGAUCCAGAGCACACGCAAAUCGUACGCCCGCUGAGACUCCGGUGUCUCAUUCCACAGCACCUCAAUCACAGCCUCAUUCGACUCAUCAAUCCAACUCGAGUAGUACUGUUAAAUCAACGCUGCCCAGUCAAGUAACAGCACCGCCGAACGGUACUCACAUUGGUGGAUCUGUCUCGAGCACCAGCGUGACGUCGUCCACCCUGCGCGAAACGAGCGCCGAGACCUGCAUCGAGCAGCCGUCGCAGCCGCCGCCGACGUCGACAGAUAGAUUCCAACCAUCUUCUACUAGCGAUGAACGUAACCAUGUUAAGCUUCAUCCUCUCUUACCUCACCAUAAGGCGCCAAAGCUGCGCUUUGUCUCUUCCGUAGAGUUUAGAAACUCAUCAGGAGAGACGGUGACCAGCCAGCUAAGUCCGAGCAGUCCAACCGAAGACAGUUCCGGAGACUUACGCACCGACAGGCCUCGCUUACAACGUUCUAUGGGUCAAAGCAAGAAGACUUUCCGUUUAAGAAGAAGUCGAAAGAGUCAUAUUGAGAUGACUCAAAUUAAGCCGGAACAGUCAGGCUCUGCGGAACAGUCAGUUCUUCCGGAGGAAACGACGAGUCAGCCAAAAUCAGGGAUGCAGACGUCAUCGGCGAUCGCGGUGGAACCGUCGUUAUCGAACAUCCCAUCCGACUCCUCGUCCAUUCGUUCCAGACGCAGCCUGUCUCUUCGCAAAUCCGACGGAGAUCCGAAAAGCUCCGCUGCGAUGUCAGCUGCCGACCAGCAGCAAUUUCACGGAGCGGCGUACCAACACCAUCACUGUCACCACCACCAUCACCAUCUGUAUCCUCAGGCGUCGGACGUGUCCUGGGACGAGGACACAUCCAGCACCUCAGGAUACCGUGAGUCGUACAGCAUGCAGCUCGUGUCCUUGGACGGUGCCAACGCGCGCUCGGCACACGCACCGCCGCUGGCGUCGCCGGAUCUCAACGACAUGCCAUCCACGAGCAGCACGACGACCAAUUACAUAGCCUUCGACGGCAGCUCUCCGGAUUGUUCGAUCAACGGCAGCGGAGGCGAGAAAACCGCCUUAUUAACUUCGAGCCAGAGAACGACCUCUCAGCAUUCCCUGCUGAUGGUCAUUCCGAAUCAGGACGAAGAUACGUUAAUAUGAAGCACGAGACUCUUUGACAUUUACUUGAUUGAGACUGAUAAUUUAAUAGGAUCAAUGAGGAUCAAGAGCCUUACGGUAAUACUCGGAAUAACCUUUAAAUAUCGGAAUUAAUUUUCGUGGAGGAUUACAAGGUCACUUUCAUUUCCGUCAUCUUUCGACCCUUUCGCGACUAAUGGGACGUAUAUGUCCCGUUGUGAUUCGGCGAUCAAAAGCAAUGUUUUUAUACUAAUAUAAUUUAUUUAUUUCGCUUUAUUGCAAAUUGUGAAUGGUGCGGCAUAUAUGUCCCAAUAGUGAGAAACUUCGUAGGACACACACACAUGUUCUACUAAUUUUAGAAUUUUUGCGAGGUAGUUGAUAAUAGCACAUUUUGAAUAGAUAAUUUUUUAAAUAAAAUCGUCGCAAUGAGAGGAAGAGAGUUAAACGGGGAGAUCACAUCGAACACGAUUUGUGAAAUCUUGUUCGUAUGAUCACGUGCAUUUCUAUGAUGCUUUUAAAGAGUUUAGACUAGGUAUUACAGUAGGCCUAAUGGUUUAUAUGCUGCGAUUGUAUAUACAGACACAUUUGAAAUAAAGACGGUCUAUAAACA